UAGCAUGGGUAGGCAUGAAUAAGGAACUGUCUCCAUUAAGUGAUUCGAAUUUUUCUUGAACCUACUGAAAGGCGGGUGGGCUCGACAAAAACACGUUUUCCGUCAACAGAGGCAUGUGUAUUUUCUGUAUGGACUCACUUUCCAGCCGGUGAAUUUUGUGUCUCUCGCUAUCAACAAACUUCAUAAAUGACAUUUUUCCAUAGACCAUCAGAGCUAUUCAAAAUCAAAUCCAUGGCAGCUGUAGGGACGUGGGGUUUCUCUCAGCCUGCAGUGGAGAGAAUACGGUCCCUAAUUACUGCAGGACAGCAUGCUACUGACGCCGUAGAGGAGGCCAUGGCAGAGGUUGAAGAUGACCCAGAGACGGGCCGUCACAUUGUGGGGAGGGGUGGGUUUCCUAACAGCGGGGGAGUGGUGGAGUGUGAUGCUGCCAUCAUGGAGGGCACAGCCGGCAGGUUCGGGGCAGUGGCGGCCUUACGAGGGGUUGGGGCUCCGGUGCGUGUGGCUCGUAGAGUGAUGGACAGAAGCCCCCACAGUUUACUGGUUGGAGAGGGAGCAGUAGCUUUUGCCAGGGAGCAAGGCUUUACCAUAGAGCCCAAUGGCAACAUGCUGAGUGAACACUCAGCAAAAGCUUACCAGGAAUUUCUGGAACAGAAGCAAGGUGUCAGUGGACAUGACACACUUGGACUUAUAGCUUUAGACAGCAUGGGGAACAUAACUGUCGGAGUGUCUUCUUCAGGGGCUCCCUUCAAAUCACCAGGGAGGGUAGGAGACUCACCUUUACCGGGCUGUGGGCUAUAUGCGGAACACAAGGUUGGGGCUGCUGCAGCCACAGGUGAUGGUGAUAAAAUAAUGUGCCAUUGCCCAAGCUUCCAUGCUGUUCAGCUGAUGAAAAAGGGAUUAUCACCCCAAGAUGCCUGUCACAACGUACUGGAUGGCACAAUCAGGAGGACUGCGCCUGAUAGAUUCUUUGAGAUUGGACUCAUCGCCCUGAAUGUGAAGGGUGAAGUAGGUGCUGCCUCUUCUGUUGAGUUUCCCUACACAUUCUGGAGCCAAGGGAAGGUUGUGGAAACAAGUACUCAGCCUCCACAUUCCAUAUUAACCAACGCCACAGAAAAAUGUCACACACAUGUAGAGUAAAAGAGAGUGUGUUCUUUUCAUGUAAUUUAUUGUAUUGAUUGUAAAAUAGAAUACAACCUUUUCAUGUUUUUAUGAGGGUCUAAAUGUGCUGACUGAAAAUCUAAAGUACACACAAGCAUGAACAUUAUUUGGUACAGUGUGUAGCAGUCUUUUCCCCCCUAAUCUGAGUAAUGAAAGUCUCUAAUGAUCCUAUUGCAAUGUUGAACACAUGCACAGUUUAUGGGACUGACUGACUCAUACCUGUGCAGGUGCUGACAGAUCUUAUAGGUGACCAUCCCUGCUGUCACCACUUAGGUGACUCAGAAACUCAGUAUGAAUGAUGCAUGGCUGAGUUGUUCACAGACUUCAAAGACCCCCUGCCGUUGUACAUCUGUGUUGUAGCUUUGAACAAGAUAAAUAUUACUUUUGAUCUAAUGUAAUAAAUGAUGACAGACUUGA